AUGGAUCCGAGUCUUUACUUUGCUCUCCCAGAGAGUUUUGACCCCCUCACCAGCGUGCUCGAUUUUGAACAGUGGGUUCACAAGUUCAAGGCCUGUGCGACAGCUAAUGAGUGGGAUGAGAACGCUCAACUACGUCAUCUACCCCCCUUAUUGAGAGGAGACGCUUGGAUAUUAUACGAUGAGUUGGCUCCUGGUGAGAAGGAUACUAUGCCCCAUUUAACUACUAAUCUGACUAAGAAGCUGAACGUAGCCUCGCAAAUGCAGAGUAGUGAAGAGCUUUAUCGACGAGUACUUGAUACUGGUACUGAGACCCUAUUGACCUAUCAGAAUGACAUAAAAAGGCUUGCUCAUAGAGCAUAUCCAGAUAUGUCUUCUGAUCAGCUCAAGCCG